AUGUCACCGCUCUCGUUACAGACCGACUUAUACCAGACCUACCCGGAAAUGACCAUGUCGUAUGCCGAGAAAUACUUCGCCCAUGUUGAUACACCUGCGUUAUCAGUGCUGCCAAAGGGCCCAUUCCUGGAAUGGAUCAUGCUAGACCGCUCAAAGAGGCCUCGAGAUAACACGGUGCUGUAUACAGUCCUCGCCGUGGGAUCGGUGUUUGCCAACGGCUCCGCGGCAGCUGCGCAUCUGUCCGAAUUCUCCCAGAUCGGCUCAUCUGGAAUAGAUGCCCUCGGCGGAUCCCUGCUGCAUCUGAUGCUGACUACGUUACUCUUCGCCAACCUUCGCCAUCUGCAAGGGGAUUACGACGGAGCGGCGGAACUAUACAUCUCUGUGUACAAGAUGGGCCAAAGGGAACUGUCGAGCAGACCUGCGGACCAAGGCACGGCCACACCUCCGUGGGCUUUUGGACUGGACAGAGGGUCAAUGAUGGAGUGUGCAAAGCGGGCCACAUGGCUCGCAGACGUCAUGUUGUGCCUGGGCUCAUGUCGAUGCCCGUAUGCCCAGAGACAGUCGAUGUGGGAGAUCCAACACGCCCACCAAAACAGCGUCCACGACUCUCUUUCGUUGGACGGCAGCACAGUGUCGCGGCCGGAUCUCAUUCUGAUCGCCACGGCGUUGAGGGAAGUCGCCGUCAUGGCUGGCACACCGAGGGCUCUGUGGCAGCACGAGACCAACGUCAACUUCGAAACGAUCAGAAGCCGUCUUGACACCUGGGACGUCGCGUUCCAAGGCAAUCGUGCAAGAGGACAGGUCUCUGCACGUCGAAGUUCCGCAGACCAGCAAGUCGACAUACUGUACUUCUUCGCAAAGGCUCUCCUCCAUCGACGAGCCUGUCCUCCGUGGUCCGGGCCCGAAGCCCAGGCACACUAUGCCCACGAGGCGUUCGUCAAUGCCAGCAAGAUCCUCCGCGUCGCCCAGCAGUUGAGCAACUCGAGGACGGAGGAUGCUUCCGCCUUCACCAUGUUGUGUCCGUUCAUCGGCCUCGCCAUCUUUGAGGCGUUCGACAUCAUCACCGCCAGAGGCACAAUGUACCAUCUGCACGGGGAGGAGAGCCGCGUCAUGUCGAUGAUGUCGGCGGGCCUCGAAACCCUGGAGGCACUGUCCCAGUCUUGGCACGGUGGCCGCGAGCAGCUCGACUCGGCCAAGAAGAGGAUGGAGAUCAUGUUGCGGAUGACACUGCCCAACCAGAAUGGAAAUGGCGGCUUCUACUUUUCAAAGUCCAUGCAAGCGUCGGGAGAAUGGGAGCAGGAUGUCAUGUAUUCUUGUCCGUUACUGGACUACUUUGACGAAAUGGACUGGAGUAGUCUGAUUCAACUGGAUGGCAACUUUUGCUGUCUUGAUGGAGAGGAUCAGCAGAUGAAUCUGUCGUUGAGCUGGAGAAUAUGA